AUGCUCUUUAGAGCUGUGCUGCUCUGUGCCGCCCUGGCACUCAGCCAUGUAGCAAAUCCUUGCUGUUCCAAUCCAUGUCAAAACCGCGGGGAAUAUAUGAGCAUAGGAUUUGACCAGUGUAAGUGUGACUGUACCUGGACUGGAUUCUGCGGUGAAAACUGUACUAUACGUGAAUUUCUGACAAGAAUUGAGUUACUGAUGAAGCCCACCCCAAACACAGUGCACUACAUCCUGAGCCUCUUCAAGGGAGUCUGGAACAUUGUGAACAACAUUCGCUUCCUGCGAAGUUCAGUCAUGAAAUAUGUGCUGACAUCCAAAUCACAUUUGAUUGACAGUCCACCAACUUACAAUGUGCACUAUGGUUACAAAAGCUGGGAAGCCUUCUCCAACCUAUCCUACUACACCAGGGUCCUUCCUCCAGUAGCAGAUGACAGCAGAACUCCAAAGGGUGUGAAGGGAAAUAAGGAGCUUCCUGAUUCAAAAGAAGUGCUGGAAAAGGUUCUUCUACGGAGAGAGAUCAUGCCUGACCCCCAAGGCUCAAAUAUGAUGUUUGCAUUCUUUGCCCAGCACUUCACCCAUCAGUUUUUCAAGACAGAUCAGAAGCAAGGACCGGGGAUCACCCGAGGACUGGGCCAUGGAGUGGACUUAAAUCACAUUUAUGGUAAAACUCUGGAAAGACAACAUAAUCUGUGCAUUUUCAAGGAUGAAAAAUUGAAAUAUCAGAUAUUUUCCUUAUGUGGAGAGGUGAAUCCUCCCACUGUCAAAGACACUCAGGUAGAGAUGAUAGACCCUCCUCAGAUCCCUAAGAACCUGCAGUUUGCUGUGGGGCAUGAAGUCUUUGGUCUGGUGCCUGGUGUGAUAAUGGAUGCUACAAUUUGGCUUUGGGAGCACAACAGAGUGUGUGACAUUCUCAAACAGGAGCAUCCUAUGUGGGAGGAUGAGCCACUAUUCCAAACCCGGAGACUCAUAGGAAAAACUAUGAAGAUAGCAAUCGAAGACUACGUGCAACACCUGAACAGUUCUGACUUCAAACUCAAGUUUGACCCAGAGCUCCUUUUCAACCAACAGUUGCAUUAUCAGAACCUCACUGCCUCUGCAUUCAACACACUCUAUCACUGGCAACCCCUGCUGCCUGACACUUUCAACACUAAAGUCCAGGAGUACAGCUUCAAACAGUCUCUCUACAACUCCAUCCUCCUGGAACAGGGACUCACUCAGAUUGUUCAGUCAUUCACCAGACAGAUUGCUGGCCGGGUAAGCAUUGUUCCUGAAAAGCAAGAACCAGCUGACCAGAGCAUAGAGAUGAAAUACCAGUCUCUCAAACAGAAGCCUUAUACAUCAUUUAAAGAGCUUACAGGAGAGAAGGAAAUAGCUGCAGGGUUGAAAUCCCUCUUCACUGGCCUUGACACCAUUGAACUCUAUCCUGGCCUCCUGGUGGAAAAGCCCUGUCCAGAUGCUAUCUUUGGGGACACUUUGGUAGAACUUGAAACACCAUUCUUCUUGAAAGGAUUUAGGGGUAAUCCCAUCUAUUCUCCUCAAUACUGGAAGCCGAGCACCUUCAGUGGAGUAGUUCGUUUUAAGAUCAUCAACACUACCUUAACUCAGUCUCUCAUCCUCAAAAAUGUGAAGGGUUGUCCC